AUGUCCAGUCAGAGCCAGCCCCAGCCCCCCCCGGCCACCCCCAAGCCCCCCUCCAUGCUGGAGAAGGCACGGGACUGUGAGAAGGUGCAGGAGCUCCUCAAGUUCCUGCAGCUCAAUGGCUAUGCCAUCACCCGGGGGCUGAAGGACAUGGAGCUGGACACCUCCUCCAUCGAGAAGCGCUUUGCCUAUGGCUUCCUGCAGCAGCUGCUCAAGUGGAUGGACAUCUCCCAGGAGUUCAUCGCCCACCUGGAGGCAGUGGUGAGCGGUGGGUGGGUGGAGAAAUCCCCCCAUGAGCAGGAGCUCAAGUUCUUCGCCAAGAUCCUGCUGCCCCUCAUCAACCAGUACUUCCACAACCACUACCUCUACUUCCUCUCCACCCUGGCCAAGGUGCUGGGCAGCAGCAGGCACGCUUCCAACAAGGAGAAGGAGAUGAUCACCAGCCUCUUCUGCAAGCUGGCCGCACUCGUCCGCCACUGCAUCUUGCUCUUUGCCCCCCUGUCCCCAGGGACUGAUGCACUGGCUGUGGUGAACUGCCUGCACAUCCUUGCCCACUCCCUGGAUGCCAGGUGGGACAGGAUGGUGAUGAAGUCAGGCCCUGAGAUCGUCAAGGCAGGGCUGUGGUCCUUCUUCUCAAUGUCCUCAGAGGUGCUCUUGAAGAUGGUAGAGAACCUCAAGCUGGGGAAGGUGACACAGAGCCGCACACAGGUGAAGGGGGUGGCCCAAAACAACUACACCACAGUGGCCCUCCUGCCCGUCCUCACCUCUCCCUCUUCGAGGCACAUGGCGCAACGUAACUUUGUGGACGAUGUCAUCCUCGAUGACGUCCAGGUCUCCUGCUACCGCAUCCUAUGCAGCAUCUACUCACUGGGCACCACCAGGAACCCCUAUGCCCGCAGGCAGCGCCUGGCACUGGGGGAGUGCCUGGCCGCCGCCAUGCCCAUGCUUCCUGCCUUCCUGGAGCCGCAGCUCAACAAGUUCAACCCCUGCUCUGUCUACAGCACCAAGUUCCCCCACAAGCAGGCCACUUUGGGGCACCCCCACCGGGUGGAGGAGAUGUGCCCCGACAUCCCCAACCUGGAGCGGCUGAUGCGGGACAUCGGGGGGCUGGCGGAGUCGGGGGCCUGCUACACCGAGAUGCCCCACGUCAUCAAGGUGACCCUCCCCAUGCUCUGCAACUACCUGCCCUGAUGGUGGGAGCGCGGCCCCGACACCCUGCCCCAGGGACCCUGGGCCACCACUGUCACUGGCCAGCACCUCAAUGCCCUCCUGGGCAACAUCCUCCGCAUUGUGAUCAACAAUUUGGGCAUUGAUGAGGCCUCCUGGAUGAAGUGCCUGGCAGUGUUCGCCCAGCCCAUCGUCAGCAAGGCGAAGCCAGAGCUGCUGUGCUCCCACUUCAUCCCCACCAUGGAGAAGCUGAAGAAGCGAGCGGGCAAGGUGGUGGCCGAGGAGGAGCAGCUCCGUAUGGAGGCCAAGACAGAGGGGGAGGAUGCCGAGCUGCUCAUCCGGGAUGAGUUCUCUGCCCUCUGCCGUGACCUCUAUGUGCUUUACCCUCUGCUUAUCCGCUACACGGACAACAGCCGGGCCAAGUGGCUGACAAAGCCCAAUGAGGAUGCAGAGGAGUUGUUCCGCAUGGUUGGGGAGGUCUUCAUCUACUGGGGCAAGGCCGAGGACUCUGACAGCCCCAAGAAGAUUGUCCAGAGGGUGCAGGAGGUGUCGGCUGUGCUCUACCACCUCAAGCAGACAGAGCACCCCUACAAGUCCAAGAAGGUGGUGUGGCACAAGCUGCUCUCCAAGCAGCGCGGCCAGGCCGUGGUCACCUGCUUCCACAUGACGCCCCUCUACAACCUGCCCAGGUACCGGGCCUGUAACAUGUUCCUGGAGGCGUACAAGCUCUCCUGGCUGGUGCCCGAGGAGCAUUCCUUUGAGGACUGCAUGAUUGAUGAUCUCUCGGUGAGCCGGGGGGGGGAGGAGGAGGAAGGGGAGUGGGAUAAGAAGCCAGACCCCCUGCACCAGCUCAUCCUGCACUUCAGCCGGAUGGCACUGGCUGAGAAAAGUAAGUUGGAGAAGGAUCACUUGUACAUGGUGUACGCUGGCAUCAUGGCCAAGGACUCCAGCCAGAUCAGGCUGCUGAAGGAGCUGCUGGACCUGCAGAAGGACAUGGUGGUGAUGCUGCUGUUCCUGCUGGAAGGCAACGUGGUGAACAGGACCAUCACCUGGCAGAUGGUGGACAUGCUGGUGGAGUCCUCCAGCAACGUCACCAUGAUCCUCAAGUUCUUCGACACGUUCCUGAAACUGUUGGACAUCGUGGCCUCAGACGCCUUCCUUGACUACGUCUUGGACCCGCGAGGUCUCAUCUCCAAGAAGGACUUCCAGAAGGCGAUGGACAGCCAGAAGCAAUACGAACCCCCCGAGAUCCAGUUCCUCCUCUCCUGCUCCGAGGCGGACGAGAACGAGAUGAUUGAUGUAGAAGCCUUUGCUGGUCACUUUCAAGAACCUGCUCGCAACAUCGGUUUCAACAUGGCCGUGCUCCUCACCAACCUCUCGGAGCACAUUCCCCAUGACCAACGUCUCCGGACCUUCUUGGAGCAAGCGGCCAGCAUCUUGGAGUAUUUCCGUCCUUUUUUGGGAUGGAUCGAGAUCAUGGGAGCCGCUCGACAGAUCAAACGCCUCUACUUCAAGCUCAGCGCCGCCAACAAGGCACAGUGGGAGAUGCCCCAAGUGAAGGUCCAGUUCAUCUUUGAUGUGGUCAGAGGGGGGGAAGCUGAGAAGAUGGAGCUCUUCGUCAGCUUCUGCAAGGACACCAUCUUUGAAAUGCAGAUUGCCUCUCGCCUCUCUGAGGAGGAACCCCCCCGGGAAGAAGGAGAGGAUGAGGAGUAG